AUGGUUAUCCUCCAUAUAAAGCUCUGUCUGACGGCCAACCUUGAAACUGCUCUAAAACAUUUGAGGGAGCAAGAAAAGAAAAUCACUCUGUGGAUUGAUGCAUUGUGCAUUGACCAAAGCAACACCGUCGAGCGAUCAUCGCAGGUUGCCCAGAUGCGCGAGAUCUAUAGCAUGGCUAGCGAGGUGAUAAUAUUUCUCGGUAACGGGUUGGAUUACAGCAAGCAACAUUCCAAAUCAUGUGCAGAUUUUCGUCCGCUCAAGAGAUUUGAAGUUGGCACUGUGGAUGCUUCCGCCGCAAUCGACAUUUGGAAGACAUCGCCGCCGAAGACACCGAUUCGAGCCUAUGAGAUAUUUUCUUUUCUAACUGUUGUGGCCCAGUGCCCAAGCUGUUCAGAUUUGUUUAAAUUCCUGGCGGAUUUUCCUCAAGAUCAUUUAACACAACUUUCCGAGGCAUUGCGACGCACAUUACUUGUAUCCUGGUGGGAUCGGAUAUGGGUCGUUCAGGAAGCAGUCGUCGCUGAAAAGCUCACCGUGAGAUACGGUAACGGGGAAAUCUCAUGGGAAUUGCUGGUCAGAGUUGCAACUGUCUUACAUUCUUGGGAAUCUUCAUACGCAAACCAUCCUACUUCUAUUCCGGCCAGCGACUUGAGGGUUUUUAAUCUUUUCUCGCGUGUCUCUAAUUUAGAUCACUUCCGCCAGAAUUGGAAGAAGUCUCAAGGAGCUGAUCUCCUUUCGCUCAUGCAGUAUUUUGGACAUCGCAAAGCUUCUGAUGAUCGAGACAGAGUCUAUGCUCUUCUAGGGUUGUGCAACCAAGCAAUCGGUAUUCAGCCUGAUUACCGGUUAGAUGUGAUAGAAGUCUAUAUGGCGCCAAUAAUUGAGACAAUAAGGAAAACCAAGUCUCUUUCCGUUCUUUACGGAGAUCAUAGUCGCAAAACGAGACGAGACAUACCAUCUUGGGUUCCAGAUUGGAGUACAGAGCUUGAUGAGAAUCAGCGCCAACGAGCCGUUCUUUCUUCUCUUUUCGAUGCCAGUAAGGGAGUGACGCCAAUACUCAUUACGGACACGAGCGAACCCCCCAAGCAUGGAUUUUUUAGCGAAAUCCCCAAGCAUGAAUUUAUUAAACGGGAGGUGGCUUUACUGCUUGACUCGCUAAAAGCCGAAGUCCGCACGCGGUAUCUUCUUCGCGAGGAACUUGCACAGAAGCUACGAUGCUUGAAUACCAGAUCGACUUCACCCGCUAUAGAAGAGAUUAAGCACCUCUGCGAAGCAUUGGCAGAGCACUGCCAUAAAGACGGUAAUAAAGAUCUGCCAAAGUACGGCCUUAUUCAUCAUUCUGGACGCUCUCUAGCAGUUCACGGCAUCAAGAUUGCAACAGUAUCCCAAAUCGCAGAGCCACUGUAUUCAUCAUCCGAUCGAAAUACAAUCAUGGAGGUGCUUCAAAGAUGGUGGAUGGUGGCUAUGAGUAGGCAUACUCAUGAAAACUUUCAAGAAAACUUUCAAGAAAACUUUCAAGAAAACCUUCUGAAAACCAUCUUGUCCGAUGCGGCAUAUGCUAGAGGUGUGGGGUUGAAACGACUCGACACACAUGAUGCAAAGGCCCUCUUGUGGUGGCUUGGCCAAACAAUCUCCCAAAAUUCCCGAGAUGAAGAUGAAGAUCUGUGCCGAAUACGUAUCGAUGUUGAAUCUAGAGGCCGUGAGACUCUCAGCAACUAA